UAGAUACAAGCUUUAAAGCGGUGUUCCAAAGUUUAACAAAUGUUUUGAUCGGGACGUUGUUGCUCGAAGAAGGCUAUGAGGUGACAACUGGAAACUAAAGCAAUGAAUGAAGACAAACCUCUUAUUUAUCUGGAUGUUGAUUUAGAAGAGAAAAGGUUUUCAGUGGAAUUUGUGAUUCACAGUCAGACAUUACAGUUGGAAACCAAGUCAGUGGGUGAAGAAAAACUUUAUGAUCAUCAAGAUGUUGAUGUACCAGAAGAAAGGUUUUCUGCAGAAGUUGCAAUUCCUAGUGAGAGGUUGCAAGCAAAGGAUGAAGAAAAAACUUUUGAUCACUUGUAUCUUUGUAUACCAGAGAAAAGGUUUUCAGCAGAACUUGUUAUUCAUAAUCAGAUUUUACAAUUGGAAAUCAAGUCACUGAAUGGAGAAACAUUUCAUGAACAUAUAGAUAUUUCUCCACCAAAGAAAAAGGUUUCAGCUGAAAUUGUUGUUCAUAAUCAGAUGUUACAAUCGGAAAUGUCACUGAGUGGAGAAAAAUUUCAUGAACAUAUAGAUGUUUCUACACCAGAGAAAAAGGUUUCAGCUGUGUCAACAGUGUCUGACAUAAGUUGUUACAAAAGUGCUGAAGAUUUUUGGCAUGAAGAUAACAAAGAAUUUUGUGAAAAAGACAGAAAAGAUGAAUUCAGUGAAACCAGAAGUAUGAAAACAACACUUGGAUCUGGUGAAGAACAGAAUGGAACAUCAAGGAAGGCUUCUUAUGACACAGAUUUACCCUCUAGGCAUUAUAAUGAACCAUCUAUGUUUUUUGAAGAUGGAUUUCGUCGAAUUGACUUUGUACUGCUGUAUGUUACUCCAGCAAAGAGCAAUUAUGGUUAUGUUCAUAAGCAAAUAAGAGAAGUAUUUGAAGAGAAUUUGAAAGAUGAAGGGUUAGAACUGGAGUAUGUCACUGAGUCUGUAACCGAUCUCAACUGUGUGAAAGUUCAUGCUCCGUGGGAAGUUCUGACUCAAUAUGCUGAACUAUUAAAAUUUAAAAUGUUGAUAAAAAAGUUCUCAAACGAGGAAAUUAUUGCAAGAGCAGUGCAUGACUCAUCGGAUUUUGAACAAAUGUCAGAUUGUCAGAAUUCAGAGUCAAGUUUCAGAAAAUAUUUGUUGGACAUCAUUCUCUUAUGCCAGUCAAUUUCUACAUUUUUCAGUUUUAAAAUGCCACAGGAUAUUCAUAUUACAGCAGAAUAUUCUAGAGAUAAAGAAUGUUUGUUUGAAAUUCCACAAAGAAAAAAAGAAGACUUUUUUAACCCAGGACUGCGUUCACAGAUUGUGGACUUCAUUUUAAGGAGAAACAGAUUUAGGAAUGAACUAGAUCAAGUUUGUGCAUUUGGAAUAACCAAGCUUAUAAAUGAUGGUGUGUAUGAAGCAGCUUAUCCUUUGCAUGAGGGAAUAUAUAGCACUUUAGAUGAGAACAGUCCUCGUAGACAGUUGAUAAAUAAAUGGGCUAAUAUGGGGUCAAUGUGGAAAAACCAACCUCUUGAUGACAUCAAAGAAUAUUUUGGAGUAAAGAUUGGUCUAUACUUUGCAUGGCUUGGUUUCUAUACAUGUAUGCUGGUACCGGCAUCAAUUGUAGGAAUUUUAUGCUUUCUAUAUAGUUGCUUUACAUUGACGAACAAACCUCUAAGCAAUGAUGUGUGUGAAGACCUCAAGGAUAUUUUAAUGUGUCCACAGUGUGGUAUGCAUUUAUGCAGGUUUUGGAGACUUGGAGAAAUGUGCAUGUAUUCUAAGAUGGCUAAUUUCUUUGACAGUGGUCCUGUUGUAUUUAUGGCUGGUUUUAUGUCUUUGUGGGGUGUGAUAUUUCUUGAAUUAUGGAAAAGGUAUUCAGCAAACAUCACACAUCAGUGGGACAUGACAGGUUUUGAUACUAUCCAGGAAUACCCAAGACCUGAGUAUUUGGCAAGGCUUCCAGUUGUUAAAAGAAAGAAACUGAACGUUGUUACCAAUGUAUAUGAGCCUUAUAUUCCAUUCUGGAAGAAGCGAGUGCCACUUUUUCUGUUUUCAUUUUCUAUGGUGCUGUUAUCAGUUACAAUAGCCUUAGGGGCUAUAAUUGGUGUGAUCAUGUACAGGCUUUCCAUUAAAGCUGCAAUAAUUAUUAGUAAUGACGAGAAAGUGGCAAGUGCUGCAUCUGUUAUUAUUUCUACAACAGCAGCAAUCCUGAAUCUUUUUCGCAUUUUAUUAUUUAAUCAGAUGUAUCAAAGAAUAGCUAUUUACUUGACUGAAUUAGAAAUGUAUCGAACACAGACAGAAUACAACAACAGCUUAACUUUUAAGAUGUUCCUGUUACAAUUUGUCAACUAUUACUCUUCCAUUUUUUAUAUAGCAUUUUUCAAAGGAAGGUUUUUAAAAAAUCCUGGACCUAACAAUGAAUUUUUUGGAUUUCAAAAAGAAGAUUGUGGUAUUAGAGGUUGUUUCAUUGAGCUUUCUUUGCAAUUGAUCAUUAUUAUGGUGGGAAAACAGGCUGUUAAUGCAUUUGUUGAAAUGGGAAUUCCAUGGCUGUUCUGGGUUCAUAAGAGGUGGAAAAUGCGUAAGAAAGAAAAAUAUAUGAAGAGAAAGCAAGCUGUAGUACAGUGGGAAAAUGACUAUAGUUUAGCAGCAUGGAGACCAAAUGGACUUUUCUAUGAAUAUCUUGAAAUGGUGUUGCAGUUUGGAUUUGUCACCAUUUUUAUAGCAGCAUUCCCGCUUGCACCUCUUUUUGCUCUGGUAAAUAACAUGCUGGAAAUCAGGCUUGAUGCCAAGAAGUUUAUUACUUGCUAUAGAAGGUCUGUGGGACAGAGGGUUAAAAACAUUGGGAUAUGGUACCGAAUUCUUGAUUCAAUUAGUAAAUUAGCUGUUAUAACAAAUGCACUAAUAAUAGCUUUCACGUCUACUUUCAUUGACCAACUUUUCUACAUGUUUGUUGUUUCACCUGAUGGUUCUCUGAGGGGUUAUUUGAAUUUUACCCUAUCCAAGUUCAACAUCGCUGAUCUUGCUGAUACAUAUAAGAUUAUUGACUUUAACCUAACUACAUCCAUCUGCUGGUAUCAGGGUUACAAAGAACCUCCUUCAUCAAGUAAUAAAUAUGAAUAUAGACCAGUUCACUGGCAUAUUUUAGCAUUUCGUUUGGCCUUUAUUGUUGCUUUCGAGAACAUUAUAGCAUUUAUCACAGUCUUAAUCCGUUGGAUGAUCCCAGAUGUUCCAAAGUCUCUAAAGCUCCAGAUGAGGCAUGAAAAUUACAUCACUAAUAAAAUAAUCACUGAUCAAGAACUGAGAAGAGUAAAAGAACAUGAUAUUACUAGAAGUAGAAGUAUUUUGCACAGGGGAAAUGACAGGUUUAAUUAUUCAGCACCAGAGAAACCCUACUUCAAAUGAGAAUUUUUGAUGGUUAGUGACAUAGCAUAAAUGUGACUAUUCUUUAGUGUCAAAAACCUCAUUACUUUAAUUAGUGUAAUGUAUACUAAGGUCUUCCAUAUCUCUUAAAAAUAAUUGUAUCGACACUAAAUAUUAAUGCUACACUGUCAUUUGUAUUUUUUGAAUAGACAUUCUGGUCAAUUUUUUAGUAAUAUAAAUAAUAUAAUUUUUUGUAAUAUAAGGAAACGCUUCUUUUUCUAUGUGGUUUUUUGCAAGCUUGCCUCAUUAAAAAGAUGCACAUGUGUGCACACAUAUAGAUAAGUGAUAAUAUCCAGGUGCACACUCUCAGGGUCCAAUAAGUAUGAGUGCAAAAUUUCAGGUCUCUAAGUUCUUUUCUCUUGGAGCUAUGGUGGUCACACAUACAAGCAUGUGCACACAUGUGAGUGUCUGUCUGUGCACAUGCAUGUGGAUAAGUAAUAAUACCCAGGUGCACACCCUCAGGUUCCACUUAGUGUGGGUGCAAAAUUUCAGGUUUCUAAGUUCUUUGCUCUUGGAGCUAUGGUGGUCACAUAUUCUUUUCUAUGUGGUUUUUCGCUUGCUUACCUUACAAAAAGAUGAGCAUGAGGUUCUUUCCUCUUGGAGUUAUAGCAGUCACAGACACUCCCUUUUAUUAUUAUAGAUUUUAAGUUGUCUUGUAGAUUUUUUUUAUACUUUUUAAUUUCAUAUAUCUUAAAACUGUCUUCAAUAUUUUACAUGGGAUUGUCUGCUAACAUUUGUCUUGUGUAACAUUAUCAUUUGGAAGUAUGCCUAAUAUGUAAGGUAUACUAUUCUGUAUGAUUUAGUUCACAUUGUUUUUAACAUUUUCAACUUAUGCUUGCUGAUAGGGUUAAGAUUUAUUAAAGUAUCUUUGGAUCAAUCCACAUUUUAUGUUUCCUUCCAUAUUUAUCACUCUGUAGUAAUACAUUUAAUAUGAUCUGAAGUUCAACUUUCUAGAAAUUCAUUUGAGUGGAGAAGUCAUAACCUACAGGAUGGAAAAUUUUUGUUUAUGAGUAAGAGUCAUGGAAAAUUUCUUUUUCUUUAAUUUUCAGUUUAUUAUUUAAUUUGCAUUUAACCAUAGCUAAAGAGUUAUGGAAUAUCAAGUUCAUACCUUGAAUUAUGAAAUAAAUAAAAAUUUAACACUGAAGAUAAUUAUGUAUUAUAUUGCGAGUACCAAAAUUUGAUUACAAUAGGUCCCAGAUUAAUAGUUGGAAGUUUUUCUGUUUCUCAGUGCACUGUGUUUAUACAAUUCAUCUGUAACUUUUUAGCUUGUACAAAAAUUUAUUGUCUGGAGACAGAAGAAGAUAUGAAUGUUAUGUUUAUAAGUAUAUAGUUUGCUUGUUUCUCAAAGAGUGAACACAUCGAGAUGGAAGAUUCUUCUUUUCAGAACUGUAUAUGCGUAAAACAUACUCCAUAUAAAUUAUGAACACAAAAGAAAUUUCAUUAAGAUGUCCCUAAGUACUUAUCUUCCUUAUUGAUGAUUCAUUGUAAUUCUGUAUAAAUAAGAAUAUACUGAUGUUUGAACAAGUUAUUUCCAUGAAAGAACAUACUGUCUUCUUCUAACUU